AUGACAGACAACAAGAUCUCAUGGGCGCUCGAGAAUGGCGAUUUGGAUGUAGUGAAAGCGAGUGUGAAUGCAAAAAACGUGAACGAGGUUGUACGAAACGGGCGCACGGCUCUUCAUUUAGCCUGCGAUUAUGGACAAACCGAAGUUGUCAAAUAUCUGCUCGAGCAUGGCGCUGAUGUGAAUAAGACGGAUUGCCAUGGAAUUAGCCCGCUUCUCUAUGCCGCUUGGGAGGAUCAUUUGGAGUUGGCGAAAGUGUUGAUUUCAAAGGGAGCCAAUCGAGAAGUGAAUUCACCCGAUGGAAAGCCGCUCAUCGAGUGUGCCGCUUCAGAAAAGAUGCGAUCGCUUAUCGCCACCUAUGUCGCU